CCACAAUUAGCGUGGUUCCCGUAUGUCUUUUUCCGCAGAAAGCCUAGCUACUUACCUUACCCACGUGGUUUUUCGGCGGCGACGUGCCUGCGAUUUCCGGCACCGAACUGUCACUCCCUCCCUGCUCCCCGCUCCCUCGCGGGUUUGUUUUUUGUUGCGGUACUUUGCACACAUCCUCAGAAUCCUCUCCUUGCCGAAGCUGGAGCGGAACCGUCACACGGGCUCCGGCGCGGUGGAUUCCAUGGCCGAGGCGCUGCUGCUCUCCCGGGCAGACAUCUUCGUUCGUUUGGUGGUGGGCACCACCGGCUUUAGCACCUUCGCAUACCUUUCCAAUGCCUUGCGGUCCCAGGGCGACUGGGCCGCUGCCUUGCCGCCGUUGCGGCGUGAGGGGUUUGUGCGGUGUAACUAUGUGGUGACCUCCAAGUGCGGGACGGAGCAUCGCUGCUUCGAAGCCCCUGUGGAGGUGCGGAUGGCUGACGUGAGUUGGCACGGGAAGUUUGUGACCGGUCGAUCGUGUGGCGAUGUGAUCGCUCGUUUGAAUCAGAAGAUUGGCUGCGACGGGCUGACGCCCAUUGGUGGCGACGCAACGGAGGAAGAGGAACUUUAAUAUCUUUUAAAAGAUUA